AUGACAAAUUCAGAAGUCGCACAAGAAGCCAUUUUCAUUGGCGCAAAUAAACAGAAUUAUGUUUCUGACUAUAACCCAGAGAACAAUAUUGUAGCCUUUGGUGCUGCCAAUACAGUUGCUCUUUGGAAACCAUUGGAUUCUAACAAUAAUGGGGUUUAUUAUACUUUAAAGAAACAUACUCAAGAAGUCACAGGAGUUAAAUUUCUUCCGAAUAGUCCUUACUUAGUUUCUAUUGGUGAAGAUCAUAUUGUAAAUGUUUGGAAACAAAAUGGAAAUUUAUAUGAAUAUUCCCAAUCAUUAACUGAACAUUCCCAUUCUGUUACAUGUAUUGCUGUUAUCAACGAGAAAGUUUUCAUUACUGGUGGAGCUGAUCAUCAAAUUAUCAUUUGGGUUUUUGAUGAACAAAGUGGAGAAUUCAAAUUGGGAGAAAAAUUUCAAGUCAAAUCCAAUUUCUUCCCAUUGACUUUAGCUAUUCAAGAUAUUGAAAUCGAUAACUAUUUAAUUGCCAUUGGUGGUACCACCAACAACGUGUACAUAUACAACUUUGAAUUAAAAGGAAAUAAAGUAUAUGCUUUAACUAAAAGUGCAGAAUUAACUGGUCAUGAAGAUUGGGUUAAAUGUCUUCAAUUUGUUACUGAAGUAACUCACAAGAAUUAUAUUUUGGCAAGUGGAGCACAGGAUAGAUAUGUUAGAUUAUGGAGAUUAAAAUUGAACGAUUUGAUUGAUGAUUCUGAUGAGGACCCGACCAAAUUAGUUUUGUUGUCCAAUAAGCAAUAUAAGUUCGACUUAGCUAGUGGUUCCAGAGCAGCAUUCAGUUUCGAAGCGUUGAUCAUGGGUCAUGAUGAUUGGAUCAGUGGAUUACAAUGGCACCCAUCUUGUAAGGAUCCAAAAUCUGCAAACAGAAAAUUACAAUUAUUGACUUGUACUGCAGAUACUGCAUUGAUGAUUUGGGAAAUGGAUUCUGAUUCUGGUAUCUGGGUUUGUGUUAAUAGAUUAGGGGAAAUGUCUGUCAAAGGUGCAUCUACUGCUACUGGUGCCUCCGGUGGAUUCUGGUCCUGUUUAUGGUUUAUUGAUUCAAAUACAGAGGAACACUAUGUCUUGGCCAGUGGUAAGACUGGGUCCUUUAGAGUUUACAAAUCAGACAGCGAAGGAAAAUCAUUCGAAAGUACUUUGGGUAUUACUGGUGCUGUUAAAGAUAUCACUGAUAUUAAAUGGUCAAUGGAAGGUGAUUAUUUCAUUGCCACUUCUUUGGAUCAAACUACCAGACUUUAUGCCCCAUGGAAAAAGAAUAACUCUGAAUCCUGGCACGAAUUUGCCAGACCUCAAAUCCACGGGUAUGAUAUGAUUUGUUAUGAUAAUAUCACACCAACAAAGUUUGUUUCUGGUGGUGAUGAGAAAAUCUUGCGUGUUUUCGAAAUGACUAAAUCCAUCAGUAAGUUAUUAGAAGGAUUAUGUGGUAUUAAAGUUGUUGAUGAAGCUGCCGAAUUGCCUGUCACAGCAUCCUUACCUGUUUUGGGAUUGUCCAAUAAGGCCGAAAACCAAAUUGAACAAGGUGAUCAACAAGAUGAAGACGAAGAAAAGACACCAGAAACAGCUGAUGAUGUUUUAGCUUCCCUUGAACAACCACCAGUUGAAGAAUACUUGCAAAGGUAUACAUUGUUCCCAGAAUUGGAAAAGUUGUAUGGACAUGGGUAUGAAAUCAGUUGUUGUUCUACUUCACCUAAUGGUAAGUUGAUUGCCACCGCAUGUAAAUCCAAUACUGCCAAACAUGCUGUAAUCAGAAUAUUCAACGUUUCAAAAGAUUACCAACAAAGUCCACAGGUGCUACUGGGACAUAAUUUGACUAUUUCAAGUCUUGAAUUUUCACCGGAUGGUAAAUAUUUAUUAGCUGUUUCAAGAGAUAGACAAUUCAGUUUAUGGGAAGUUGUCAACGAAGACACUGCUGAGUUUAAAUUAGUGGAAUUGAACACUAAAGCACACUCAAGAAUCUUAUGGGAUUGUUCUUGGUUGCCUGUUAAUAAUUUCUUUACCACUGUUUCAAGAGAUAAGCAAAUCAAGUUAUGGAAAGUUGUCGAAGACAAAGUUGAAUUGGUAUCAUCCUCUAAAUUGUCUGAACCAAUUACAUCUGUUUCUGUGUACAAAGGUGGUUUGGUCAAUAACCAUGCUGUCAUUGCAGUUGGUUUAGAAGAUGGUGGCAUCGAUGUUUUUACCGUAGAUAUGUCUAAUCCCGAGUUUAAGUUGGUUCUUUCAUUUGAAAAGGAUAUAACGCCUUCAGGCAGAAUUGAAAAAUUAAGUUUCAGUAACAAACUCCAUAAUAAGAGAUUUCUCUUGGGUGUUGGAAGUAAAGAUACUUCUGCUCGUUUGUAUAGUAUAGAUCAAUCAUCUUUUGUAUAA